UACAAAACAUUAAACAAACAUAAAAAAGCAACAGUAAUAGUUCUUUGAUUUUUUCGUUGUCGUUUACCACAAAACUGUAAUAAUAGUACCUAUCAUUAGAAACAAAACUACUAGUACAUUAUAACAUAAUGUGCCAAUCAUUCCGUUGUCACCGUCUUAGUAGCACGUGAUAACACCGAAGCCGAAAUAUUUCGGCACGUCAAUGCGUAUGAACCGCUCGGGCGGCCGAAUUGAGUCUUGUCGUUGUUGAUAAUACUCCGUUUAAAAUGGAAACUGGAGAUCUUACAUUGGAACAGGAACAGGCCGUUGAUGUAUUCAUGAAUGAAAUAAAUUCUAAGCGGAAAUCACAGAAAAAAUCAUUAAUAACUCGUUCAUCUGCUAUUAAGUUUCUGUGGGCGAGAAAAUUUAAUAUUGAUAAUGCUAAAAAACUAUACGAGCAGCAUGAAGAAACAAGACAACGUGAGGGUCUGUUCGGAUUCAAUUGUGCUGUUGAACCAUUGAGAAGUGAAAUACAAACGCAAAAAUUUACAAUUUUGCCAACUCGAGAUUCAACAGGUGCUGCUAUAGCUGUUUUUACAGCACGUUAUCACAUACCGCAAUUAUCUUCUCGCCAAACUACAUUACAAGGCAUAGUUUAUCAACUAGAUAUAGCUCUUGAAAAUGUAAAGACUCAAAGAUGUGGGCUGGUGUUCAUUUACGACAUGUCUGAUUCAAAAUAUUCAAAUUUUGAUUAUGAAUUAAGUCAAAAAAUACUUACAUUACUUAAAGGUGGUUAUCCUGCUAAACUAAAGAAAGUUUUAAUUGUAACAGCGCCAUUAUGGUUCAAAGCUCCAUUUAAAAUACUUAGGUUAUUUGUACAGGAAAAGUUAAGAGAUCGAGUGUUCACAAUCAGCUUACCUCAGUUGAUUCAACAUAUACCUAAGGAAUCCUUGCCAAUACAUUUAGGUGGUACUGUCAACGUUGAACACAGUAAAUGGUUAGCUUACUGUUUGAACUACAUGACGAACAGUGAUAAAUAUGGAAGUUCGGCUAUGUCCGACCACAUAUGUAAUUCAAACAAUACAAAAAAAGAUAUUGGAGCAGAUACCAAAGUGAUCAAUUUAUUAAAAGAAAAUAAUGUUAUCGAAGAAAGUGCAAUAGUUCAAGAUAACUUAUUGUCAGGGUGGACAUGCAAUACUACAAAUUCAAAAGAUGACGACAGUUUGCGUUGUGAUUCUAGUCAAAGUUUAACUAUUAGUCAAUUUGUUGAAUACGUUGUGAAAAAAAAGAGAGCUGGCCUUAUCAAGGAAUAUGAAGAAAUUAAAACGCGUUCACCUGAUGGUACAUUUAAUUCUGCCAGAGUUCGGCCAAAUUUAUUGAAAAACCGUUAUACAGAUGUGCUCUGCUACGAUCAUACUAGAGUGUUAUUAUCACAAUCUGAAAAAGAUCCCAUGUCUGAUUAUAUACAUGCUAAUUUUGUUGAUGGCUAUAAACAAAAAAAUGCAUUCAUUUCAACUCAGGGUCCACUACCUCAUACAUGUGCUGAUUUUUGGCGUAUGGUUUGGGAACAACAAGUAUUAGUAAUUGUUAUGACAACAAAAGUAUUUGAAUGUGGAAAAAUUAAGUGUGAACAAUAUUGGCCGCCUGAGGAAUUAUCUGAAGAUCAAAUAUAUCAAAAUUUCAAGGUGUCUACUAAAUCUCUUAGUCAAUUUGAUAAUUUUGCUGUUACUAGAUUGGAAUUAACAAACACUGAUACAAAUGAGAUAAGGCAAGUUUCUCAUUUUCGUUUUAACUCUUGGCCAGAUUUUGGUGUUCCACAAAAUGCUGUUGCUAUGUUAGAUUUUCUUGAAAAAGUCCGAAAAUGUCAGUCAUCCAUGUUACAAGACCUUGGAGAUAAAUGGGCAGGACAUCAGCGAGGACCACCAAUUGUUGUUCAUUGUUCAGCAGGCAUUGGUCGAACUGGAACAUUUUGUACAUUAGAUAUAUGUAUUAAUCGGUUGGAAGAAACAAGUACUGUAGAUAUUAAAGGCACAGUGGAAAGAAUUAGGUCUCAACGAGCUUAUUCUAUCCAAACUCCUGAGCAGUAUGUGUUCUGUCACUUAGCUCUAAUAGAAUAUGCAUUAGCCAAUGGUUUUCUUAGUUCUCUUCCUGAUCUUAGUGACUUAAAACCACAAGAAGACUCGGAUUAAUGAACUAUUAUAUAGUUAUUAAUUGUUCAACGCAUUUAUUAAAAAUAUAAUGUAAUUAUGUAUACUAUUAUAUACAUACUAUAUGCGUAGAUAAUCAGAAACGAGAUAAGCCCAGUUAUGGUCUAUUUGUAAUCGUUUUCUGACAUUACUUUUGUAAUAUUUUUUUCAUAAUUUUACUAUUAUAUGUUAAAUGAUUACUUAAAUCAGAAAAAGAUAACAGAUCUAAUUAAUUUUUAUUGAUCUAAUGUUUCAUAUUUUUUAAUCAAAAUAUGAUUUGUCCAUUUAUACUUGGUAUAGAUCUGAUUUUGACCUUCCCCUAACAUCUUAUAUAAUGUAUUACAUACUUAAAUAUUAUGUUAAAUAAAAGUAUGUAUCUUGUCUUUUGCUUCAAUCAUAAAACUAAUUUCGUUAUCAAAGAAUUUAAUACACUUUAUUUUUGCAUAUA